UACUUCCGGUUAGCGGCCAUUUUGUUGCCAAGAAAGCUUUGGUCAUUUGUUAACUUCGCGAUUUUUUAAAAGUUUUCUGCAAAAGUAAAUGCCUCUUGAAAUAACCAAGAUGGCUAAAGAUGCAAUGCCAGAUGCGCUUUUCGGUCAGCUAGUAGACAGAAUAAAUCAGGAAACAAGUUCUGCAGAGAAAAAGGUUGAGAUAUUAUAUGGUUCAAGAGGAUUUUUUAAUGCUAGCCAGGCUUCUACGUUACUGUUUUUGUACGCAAAUCCACCAGACAGAGUGAGAGUGAUCAAGAUUCUAGAACCAAGACUUUGUCGUAUGAGUUGCCAGGAUGCUAGGCAGAUUAUUGGUGCUGUAACUGUUCAAAAUGAUAAACUCAUUGUUCUAGAUUGCAUAAAAAGGGUGUUAACAGACAGUCAGACGAAACUAGGUGAAGAAUAUAUACUCAGUGCAUUUCCUUUUGAAUGUGAUAAAUUUAAGGCAAUACAUAUUCUUAACACGGUGAGCUCUUUUGUUGGUGAGAAUGUCGCAGCCGGAGGUCAUCAAGGUUAUGCUGCUCUUGGAGGAUUGUACACACAGGCAAGGCCAAUGGUUCCUCAUCUCUAUGGUGAUGUAAACUACCAGGCACAACAGAUACCUGGUCAAGGUCAGGUUCAAAUAGCUCCCCAGGCUCAGCCAGGCGUGGUCCCCUCUAUAUAUACAGGACAUCCAUCUUAUGCAUACCCGCCAGACAUGAGCUACAUUAAGGAUCGUGGCUACCCAGGUGCCGCUGAACACCCAGUCUGUGAAUCUAAUAUAAAACCAUACCCUGCCGGAGCCCCACCACUGUCCUACCAUAGCGGAGCACCAAACCCUACUGGAUUCACAACAAUGGCAUAGAGACAAUUCUUAUUUUCACAAUUUGGAAAAUAUUUUCUCUUAGUUAAAUACUAUUAAUUAAUUCAUUCAUUUGGACUUAAAUUGAAUAAAUCUUACUCACACUGUACUGAUUAUAAGUAUUCAAAAAAUUUUAGAUAUCCAU